GGUCACUUAUUCGUUGUGUCCACCGCAGGUGUCAUAGCAAAUUUCUUCAAGCUGGGCUUUACUUGCCCCAUUAGUACAGUCUACACACGCGUCGUGUGACACGAUCUGUUUCCUGGCCAAGCACCCGGCUUUGGCUUGGGGCAGACCGUCUUUGGAACCUUGGAUCCUUUCGAAUCCGUUGGACAAGAAGUUGUAACCUUGACAAAGAGAAACCCACCCGUGACACUACAAAUCAAAACUUUCACGAUGGGAUAUAUUAAGCCCCCCUCCCAUCCAGGUAGGUCUCUCCUCCUGUUGCUAGAGUAAGAAGUAAAGAAAACCGUAAAACAUCGACCACAACACAAGAAGUGUAUAACAGCAACACAACAUUAUCGUGCAAGUAAACUUGACUCGUCACCAAAGAUCAACGGACAGUCAUAUUAUUACCUACAACUCAAUCACAAUGCCUCGAUUCUCUAUUGCUGAGCCUCACCCCACCGUCAGGCAGAACACCUACAUACACUCAGGCCGAGGCGGCGCGGGCAACCACUUCCGCGCACCACUUACCACACCGGCCAGCGGCAUUACCACUACAUCGAAGCCGCUGCCACCUUCGACAUCCAACUUCUACUCAGGUCGAGGCGGCGCUGGUAAUGCCUGCGUCUCUCAGAAGCGACCCGUGAUGUCGUUCGACGAGGAAUUCAAGCUGCAGAGCCAAUUGGAGCAGAAGCGUGUCGGCCACGUUGGCCGGGGUGGCGCCGGCAACAUUUUCGACGCCGCAUCUCCCAACCCUCAGCGAAAGAACAGCAGCAGCUCAUCUAGCUCCACCUCGAGCUCCCGAUCUGGCGGUUUCAUCGAGCGCGUGAGCUCUGCUUUCAGCCGCCGGUGAAUGUGUUUCACUCAGGCCCUCUCUCACCAUUGUAUUACUAGUCCAUCCAUCAUUUGAUGGGAAGAGGGCUACCAUGCGUUCCACUUCACUAUUUAUAUCUUUUGCAUUGGAUUCAACAUUAUUUAUCAUCAUCACACAAAACAAACGACACCAGCAC